AACUCGUCAGAUGAGACUGGGACCUCAGAAUAUUUUGCUGGCACUCGCCUUUUACGCACAGCCUCAGUGCCCCUCUCUCCAUCCGACACAGAGACCUUUUUUUACGCACAGUCACACUUCCUUAGUCAUCUGGGUGACUUUUCUUUAGCUGGCAGAGAAGGAGAAAAUAUAGAGAUCAGGACAUGUUUGGGAUGUGGAGGAGGGGACUCACCGGACUGUCCGCAUGGUCCUGUCUACUGAUGCUGAUUCAUUUUGCGUCUCAAGCAGAUGCAGCCUUCAACUGCAGCUCCACUCAGUUUAAGUGUGGAAACGACAGGUGCAUCACCCAGAGGUGGAUUUGUGAUGAAACUGAUGAUUGUGGUGACGGAACCGACGAGCUGCCUGCAACCUGUGCAACCAAAACUUGUCUGCCGUCAGAGUUCAACUGUGGAGCUCCCCUGAACCAGUGUGUACCCGGGAGCUGGCACUGUGACGGCAAGGCCGACUGUAAGAAUGAGGCCGACGAGAAAAACUGCACGGCCAAACAAUGCAAAGCUGGCGAAUUUCAAUGUGCCAAUGGCCAGUGUGUUUCCCCCAGCUUUGUUUGCGACGGGGACAACGACUGUUCGGACGGCUCAGACGAGGUUUCCUGCCCUAAACCCUCCUGCAGCUCUCGCUCCUUCCAGUGCCACAACUCUGUGUGUGUGCCGGCCCUGUGGCGGUGUGACGGAGACGAGGACUGUGCCGAUGGGUCUGACGAGUGGCCAGAGAACUGUGAGGGACGGUCGCCUGUGAAGAAGGCAAUGGCCUGCGGCGCCCAUGAGUUUCAGUGUACGAGUGGAGAUUGCGUCCACAGCAGCUGGAGGUGUGACGGAGGCAUGGACUGCCUGGAUCGAUCGGAUGAGGUCAACUGCAGUCAAUCCACUUGUGGUCCAGAUCAGUUCCAGUGUAAUGACGGCACCUGUAUCCAUGGCAGCCUCCAGUGCAACAGACAGCUCGACUGCAGGGACCUCAGUGAUGAGAUUGGCUGCCACACAGAUAACGUAUGUGAAGGCCCCACCCUGUUCAAGUGUAAAAGUGGGGAGUGUAUCAGCAUGGAGAAGGUGUGCGACAAACAGAGAGACUGCAGGGACUGGUCUGAUGAACCUGUCAAAGAGUGUGGCAACAACGAGUGUUUGAUCGAAAAAGGCGGCUGCUCCCAAAUCUGCAACGAUCUGAAGGUCGGAUACAACUGCUCGUGCCAUCCUGGAUACAGACUGAAUAUGGACCAGAAAACCUGUGAAGACAUUGAUGAAUGUGCUCAGCCCGAUACAUGCAGUCAGAUCUGCAUCAACCUCCCUGGCUCCUACAAGUGUGAUUGUGAGAUGGGCUACGAGAUUGACCCUAUGAGCAAGACGUGCAAGGCUGAAUCAGGCACUGUGCCCACACUCUUCUUCACCAAUAGACACGAGGUGAGGAAGAUGACGGUGGACCGAACCGAGUACGUCCGUCUGAUCCCCCAGUUGAAGAAUGCGGUGGCUCUGGACAUGGACAUGCCUAACAAGAUAAUCUUCUGGUCUGACCUGUCCCUGAAGAAAAUCUACAGCGCCAAAUUAGAAGUUGCCGGUAGUUCCUCUUACCACACUGUAGUAAUUGGCAGUGGGAUUGAGGCGCCAGAAGGCAUUGCGGUGGAUUGGAUCCAUGGCAACAUUUACUGGACUGACAGCAAUUUAAAGACCAUCUCUGUGGCAACGACAGACGGCAGCAAGAGGAAGAGCUUGAUCACAGAAAACCUGGACAAGCCAAGAGCCAUCACAGUCGACCCCGUAAAAAACUUUAUGUAUUGGACAGACUGGGGUGAGCAGGCCAGGAUAGAGAAGAGUGGAUUGAACGGAGCAGAUCGCAUUACCUUGGUCAGCGAGAACAUAGUGUGGCCCAACGGCAUCACCCUUGAUAUGGUCAACCAGCGUCUGUACUGGGUGGACUCCAAGUUGCACACCCUGUCCAGUGUUGAUGUCAAUGGAGGGACUCGACACACUCUCAUUUACAGCGAGGAAACACUCACCCAUCCCCUCGCUCUGACUGUGUUUGAGGAGAAAGUGUUUUGGACGGACAUGAGCAACAGUGCUGUUUUUAGUGCCAACCGCCUGACAGGAAAGGACAUCACCAAGCUGGCAAUGGACCUGGUCCAGCCAGAGGACAUCGUAGUGUACCAUAACCUCAAGCAGCCAAUUGGUAGAAACUGGUGCAGAGAGAGUAACAAUAUUAACGGAGGUUGUGAGUUUCUGUGCCUCCCUGCCCCGGUGAUUAACCAGCGCUCUCCCAAAUUCACCUGCGCCUGUCCUGACAACACGACCAUGCGACCUGACAUGAAGAAAUGCGUGGCAUCCUCAGUCGUCCCUCCUGCUGAGAGAAGAACUGUUGCACCACUGCCACCCAAAGAACCAACAAAAGCCCCCAAGCCCAUUGAGUCUCUCCCUACUACAUCAGCAACUACAACUACCAUCAGAGCUACCAAAAAACCUGAGAGCGCCCCAUCCAGCCAACCCACACUGAGCACACAGCAACCUGUCGAAGGUGCUCAAGGUAAAAAAAUAGCAGCUUUGCCCGAAGAAGCCCCUUCAGCCCACCCUGUUGCUCUCUACAUUGUUUUGCCAAUGGCGAUGCUGGCCCUGCUGGUCUUUGGAGCAGUGUUGCUUUUAAGACACUGGCGUCUGAAGAACACCAACACUAUUCACUUUGACAAUCCAGUGUACCAGAAAACCACAGAGGACGAGCUCCACAUAUGCAGGAACAGCUCUGAGGGAUAUGUUUAUCCUCAGAGGCAAAUGCUGAGCAUGGAGGACAUGGAUGUGGCAUAACCCAAAGACACUGAAGACACUACAUUUGUUUAAAAGUGAUUUUUCUUUCCCCCGCUAACUUGAAGCAACAAAGGCCAUUACUUCUACUUCUGCUGCUGCUGCUGCUGCUGCUGCUUAACAGCUCCUCCCCUCCCCCUGGUGACCUCAUUUUGUGGCUUAUGUUUCUGACCUCAGCACUGUGCCGUCCACGUCUGAAGAAGGAACUGCACAAAAAAAAAAGAGAAAAAAAGUAUAAACUUGACUUGAGUAACUGCUGGAAGCUUUUUAGUUUGGCCACGAGCUGGUUUUAAAUGAAGAACUAAUGCAUCGUCUCCGAAGACGAUGAUCCCGAUCCUGGAGCUAUGACAUUAUCUAAACAUCCUGAUACUUAACAUAAAGAUCAGAUGUUUGUGAAUUUAACAACUAACACACAGUCUCAGCAAUGACUUAAACCACACAAGUCAAACAUUGUGCAAGUUUAACUUGAAUACCUUUAUGUCUUAAGACUCCCGUGUGCCUUCAGACCACACUCUAACAAUUUAGUGAAGUCUCUUAGACAAAUGCCUUAUUGACCCCACAAACUUUGAAUCAGCUUCUGUGGUAGUAAAUACCGUCAGAUGUGAUUGCCUUCAUUGUCGCACAUGCUUGUGUCAUUGUGAUUUUCUUUUUCUUCAUGGUAGUUGCACGUUUUGUUGGCUCCCACACGAGUGGCAUUUGUCUUUACUAUCAUCUGUCAUUGUCCGUCUGAGUUGUGGUUCUCAUUUAAAUCAGUGCUUUUACCUUUCAAACACGUAACAUGUUAAGAGUGUGGAGAGUCACCGAUGGUUUACAUAUUGUACGUGAAAAAACGCUGCUGGGUUUUCUGAAGUCAACCAAAAUGAAGAAAAAAACUUUUUUUUUUUGAACAAAGAAAGUGAAGUGAAGAUGUGGUUGUAGAUGAUUAC